CUCUCUCUGAGUCGUUUGUUUACGCUCUUUCAGUACCUGGGAGAGAGGGAUCAUUGGGAGGUGUAAUCUGAAACUGAGCCCAGUCUGGCUGAGUGUGUAUAUGGAGACAGAGGGGGAGGGAUGGGGGUGCGGUGAGUGUGAGUGUGUGCCGCCCAGUGACGGAGCGUUCAGUGUAUGGCUGAAGUCUCAGCACUCAGGCUGUGGAGGAAUGGAUGGCUGCCGCUCACACGACGGCUUAUUCUGAGAGUGUGUGUGUGUCUGUUUGGGAGUGUGUGUGUGUGUUCUCCCGGGGGAGAGGGGGGACAGGAUGGCCCUCAAUCCAGUGUCCCUGCUCUGCCAUGACAUCACCAGAAUGUGGCUGCAACUCAACUUGAUAACCGAUGACAUCAUGCAGCAGGAGAGUGAUCGUCUGUUUGCUGCAGACAUCGAUCCUGACCUCAGGAAACGGUUUGCUUUCCUCUCAGGGGGCCGAGCUGAGAACGGCAGUCCCAUCAUCGUGUUCCCAGAAUUCCCUGCGUUUGGCGAGCUCCAGGAGGAAGAGUUCCACAACGUGCUGACCUACCUGACCAGUGUGCCCAGUGUGACAGCGUCUGGAGUGGGCUUCAUCCUGGUCAUCGACCGCCGCCAGGACAGAUGGACCGCCGUCAAGGGGACCCUGCUACGCAUUGCAGGCUCAUUCCCAGUGCAUUUACAGCUGGUUCUGGUCUUGCGGCCCUCCACCUUAUUCCAGCGGACGCUCUCCGACAUCUUCUUCAAGUUCAACAGGGAUGAGUUCAAGAUGAAGGUGCCGGUGGUGAUGCUGAGCUCUGUGACUGAGCUCCAUGCCUACAUCGACCGGACUCAGCUGCCCCAGGAGCUGGGAGGAACCCAGGAUUACUGCCAUGAUACCUGGAUCUCACAUCGCACCGCUAUCGAGGCCUUUGCUCUGAUGGUGAAGACCACGGCUCAGACCCUGCAGUCGUUUGGGACGGAGCUGGCCGAGACCGAGCUACCCAACGACGCCCAGGCCACGUCCAACCUGCUGGCCACACACACCGAGAAGAAAGGACAGAUGAAGGAGGACCUGUGUGUGGCACUGAGCCAGGGAGGCCGGCUCCUGGAGAGCAUCAACGAGCCCCUGCAGAGAGAACCCGACUAUAAAAUGAACCAGGACGAGCUGGAGAACCUGGCCACCGUGCAGAGACUGCUGGGCCAGCUGGAUGAGACAGAGACGGCGUUUGAUGAUUUCUGGGAGAGACACCAGACCAAGCUGGAACAGUGUCUGCAACUCCGCCAUUUUGAAUACUACUUCCGUGAGGUGCGUGCCCAGCUGGAUGUGGUGUCAGAGCGGGUAGAGGCGUUCUCGGAGGUUGGCAUCAGUCCCGCCCAUGCAGAACACAUCCUACGAGAACUCAACAGCCAGGAGGAGAAAGCCUGUGAUGUGUUGGACUGGGCUCUGUCCCUGGCCGCUGAGGGGGAUGGGCUGAUUGAGAGUGCUCACUAUGCUGAGGACUCCAUCCUGCCAAAGUGCAGUGAGCUGAGGGCCAUGUGUGAUGAGGUCACCUCCUUCCUCAAGACCAAGAAGGUCCUCCUCCUGAGGGCCAUGGAACUGCACCACUGUCUGGAGAAGGCAUCGAGGUGGUGUGAGGAAGGGAUCUACCUCCUUGCCUCCCAGCCGGUAGAUAGAUGUCAGUCUCAGGAUGGGGCGGAGGCCGCGCUACAGGAGCUGGAGAAGUACCUGGACACGGCCGCCCAACACCAGAUAACCGACCUCAACGCCAUCUGGAGGGACUAUGACUCCAUCCUCAACCCAGAGCUCAGGGAGCAGGUGGAAAAGGUGUUUCAAAAGCAGGUGUCCAUGCAGGAGAUGUUUGAGAAGAGGAGGGUCAGUCUGAAGAAGCUGGCAGCCAAACAGACACGGCCCGUCCAACCAGUGGCUCCCAGGCCUGAAGCCAUCAUCAAGUUCCCCAUGUCCCCUCCUGCUCACAGGAGUCAAGAGUCAAGGAAUGCAGAGGACAACAUCUUGAACGUAGAAAACUGCAGAAUAGUGGAGGUCCAGGUACAGAACGACGGCAGCAGACACGGCUCUCUGUCUGAGGAGGAGGAGAACCUGGCUGUGCUACGACGACAUGUAAUGAACGAGCUGUUGGAGACUGAGAGGGCGUACGUAGAGGAGCUUCUCUGUGUACUGCAGGGUUAUGCUGCAGAGAUGGACAACCCAGCCAUGGCUCACCUCCUCCCCAGUGCUCUGCUCAACAGGAAGGAUGUCCUGUUUGGCAACAUGCCAGAGAUCUACCAGUUUCACAAGAGGACAUUCCUCAGGGAGCUGGAGACCUACACAGACGUCCCUGAGCUGGUGGGACGCUGUUUCCUGGAGAGAAUGGGCGACCUGCAGAUCUAUGAGAAGUACUGUCAGAACAAACCUCGCUCCGAGAGCUUGUGGAGACAGUGCUCCGACUGCGCCUUCUUCCAGGAGUGCCAGAGAAAGUUGGAACACAAACUGGGGUUGGACUCGUACCUCCUCAAGCCAGUCCAGAGGAUAACCAAAUACCAGCUGAUACUGAAGGAGUUACUGAAGUACAGUAAGGGCUGUGAGGGUUCAGAGGACCUGCAGGAGGCGCUGUCCUCCAUCCUGGGGAUCCUGAAGGCCGUCAACGACUCCAUGCACCUCAUCGCCAUCACAGGAUAUGAGGGGAGCCUGACGGAGUUGGGCAGGCUGCUGAUGCAGGGGUCGUUCAACGUGUGGACGGAACACAAGAAAGGUCACGCUAAGGUCAAGGACCUGGCCCGCUUUAAGCCCAUGCAGAGACACCUGUUCCUGCAUGAAAAAGCCUUGCUCUUCUGUAAGAGACGGGAGGAGAGCGGGGAGGGUUACGAGAAAGCCCCGUCCUACAGCUUCAAACACUCCCUCAACAUGAGUGUGGUGGGCAUCACGGAGAGCGCCAAGGGUGACAACAAGAAGUUUGAGAUCUGGUGUAAUUCCAGAGAGGAGGUGUUUAUCGUCCAGGCUGCGACACCUGAGAUCAAAACAUCUUGGUUGAACGAGAUCAGGAAGGUUCUGACUGGCCAGCUGAAGGCUUGCAGGGAAUCUAGUCAAAAGAAGGCGUCAGACACAAUGUCUCCCAGUCCAACCAGCAACAGCCCACCUAUCUGUCUCAGUCCAUUUAGGAACUGUCAGAAGAGCGUGAAGAAGGGAGAUGAGAAGAAGACAGAUGCUGUCAACUCCGACCCCAACUCCCCCUCCUCCCCAAAACACAAAGAGGAGACCGUCACCAGUCCCACCACUGACAGGGCAUCAGUGGUUAAAAAGCGUUUUACCCUUCAAGGCUUCAGCAAUCUGAAGAGUCAGAAAGAAUUUCUUCACCCUGCUGGUAAAAGUCUAACAUUACCAAUGGUAUUCUCUCAACCAGGAUCCCCCCUUAGCCCUGACCAUAAGGCCAAAAGCCACGAGAUUAAGAGUGACCCAUCUCCCUUUGGGUGUAAAGGUUGGAACAAGGCCUCUUUCUCCAUGGACGUGCCAGAAGUGCAGGAUGGGUACUCCAGUGCCGAGGACCCCAUGAACUCUGACCCUGAGGAUGAGGGAGGCAGGAAGCUGGCUGUCGGCGACAGGUUCACAGUGGUGGCAGACUAUGAGAAGGAGAAAGGAGGGCCUCAGGACCUGUCAGUGAAGAGUGGAGACAUGGUGCAGCUCAUUAAAGAGGGAGAUGACGGACAGUGGUUUGUUAGAAACUUGGGGAGCAACAGAGAUGGCUGGGUAGCAGCAGCCAACCUUCUCACCCUCAUCAUAGAGUUCAAGUCCUCACAGUCCCUCUGCAGCUCAGAGGGCAGUGUAACUGGCAACCUCAGCACCUCCUCCAGCUGCAGUGAAACCUACACAAGUUUCUCUGACAUCAAGCCCUAAAGUCCCACCCCCUCUAAACCCUGAGACACAGCUACAGCGCCACCCAGUGAUUGGCUGUGCAAACGACACGUGCACUUUUCCCCUCUACUACUGUUCAAAUCAAAUCUAAUUGUAUUUAUCACAUGCGCCGAAUACAACUGGUGUAGCCUUUACAGUGAAAUGCUUGCACACGUUAGUUUUCAUUACAGUCCAUAGAUACUUCACUCUCAUACUGAAGUGGAGGCUGCCUGGAAUGUAGCCGAAAGCAGUCUAAUAGCUGCUUAUCUGUCAAUGUGAAGGGAAGGUAAUGAAGGACUGCUUUCCUCUGGACAUACUCUACUCUCAGGGAUAAGAGGCAGUGUCCUAGUCUUUUACUGUGAUUGAGGGCUAGCACACAUUGAGAACAGGAAGUUCAGGCCUCUCCCCUACCUGUUUGACAGAGAUGAACAAGGAAGGACACACCCGCUCCAUUCACACACACAGGCAGGCUUUGUUAGCCUAGCGCGGUCCCGCUCCUCCCACUCCAACAAGGUGACAGUGAUAUGGAGCCAGGAGCUCCUCUACUGAAUUCAACACUUCAACAGACAAACAAACAGACGCCUCAGUCUCUCUCCUGUGGACUCUGGUAACCAGUUGUGUCAUAAUGUUUCUCUGUGUCAGGCUGUCAGCCUCCUCAGUAUGUCCUCAGUCCUCUCCUGAGUGACUUUAAAAAUAGAUGAUGGAUUUAUAUUUCAUAUGUUUCUACUGGAUCCCCCAAGACAAACUGAACUGUAAAAGUGUCGAGACAAUCACAUUCUAGCAAGAAUGCAAAAUUAGAAUGGAAUUGUCAUUAAAUACUUUUUGAGUUUGGUCAACUGUGUAUAUCUAUGGCUUUGUCCAGAGGCCCUCCAGUACAUUUCCAGUCCCUGUUUCUCCUUCCUCCACCUGUGCUGUCUGGGCUAUUAGUGAACUCUUGGCUUUGUUCCCAGUGAUCUGAGAGAGCUGGGCUUUAAACUACCAGGUGUUUCUUUAGGCAGGGGCGAUAUUACAGGACGGUCAGAUAUCAUAGAUACUUCAACAAUAACAGUGCUCAGGAUGUUCUUCUGAAUCAUUUUCUCUUGGCUCAAAGUCCAAUCCUAUACACUACACAGAAAUCCCCUGAAGAUUGAGAUUCCCGUAAAGAGAUUCAUGUCAAGUCGAUUGGUGUUGAAAUAACUGUGUACUGUACCAGAGAGUAUAAACUUAAAAGGAAAUAUUUGUGUGCUUAAUCAACGUGUAUCAAGUUCAUUUAUUUGAGAAAGAUGUGUACAGAUAGUAUUAUCCUAUACCUCGUAUUUUUCAUUGAAUGUGUAUGUUGUGUAUGAAGACCAUGGAUAUGUUUUCGUGGGUCUAAGUAUAUCAAAGAUAUUUUAUUAAUUGGUUGGCGGAGCAUGUUUCCAUGGUAAUUUCUCAACUCCUGAGACGAUACAUAUUAAUAGAAAUGCCAUCCCUUUUGCUCAUUUGAGAAUGCAGUCUGUACACUGAAAACCGAAGAUGGAAUAUAACUAUACGUCGUGUGCUGAAAUAAUGAUGGCUGUCUCAAAUUUCAGCACGCGCAAUAGGUUAGGUUUUAAACUGUUUUGGUUAUAACCGUUUUAGUUAUAACUGUUUUUAUAACUCAUUGUUCUACUGUAUAUCUUUUUCGAUUUGCACCCAGUGAGAUUACAAUGUUGUUCCUGUGUGUCACAUUGUUAUGCAGCACAUUGCCGCAUUAUUUUGUUCUUUAUUUUCCUACGGUAACAAUUAUUGAUACAGAUGUUAUAUAAUUAAUGAUAUGCAUUCAUAUCUGUGUAUAUGUGUAAAUAUGUAUCUCUGAGGUGUAUUAUUAAAGUCGCUGAACAAAGUCAAACAUCCUUUGCUUUAAUCCAAUGACUGUUUGUUUUUCUCGUUAUAAAACCAUCAAAUAUCAUUAAAUGAUGUAGUCAAUCAUU